AUGGCAUCGCUUGAUACAUUAAGUGCUCAGAUUGCUGAUAUGACUUUCACUGAUAUUUUUAUUUUCAUUUUAAUCGGUGCUACUAUUGGUAUAAUGCUGGCAAUGCUUGUCAUCGUUUAUAUGUGCAAAGCUAUUAGAAGUCGUCAUUAUAUUGAUGUUCCAUUAAAUUAUCGUCCAAUGGUAGUACCAUCAAAAAAUUCUCCAUCAUUUAGCAAAAUGAAUGGUUUUGAUAGUAAUAGCGGCAAAGCGAAACAAAAAUGA